UACGGUGCGGUUGUGUGUCGUUUGUCUCUCAAGUGAUCGCUUUUCGUUGCCUUUACUUUCCGUACGGUGUUGUCACUUUCUCCAUCCCACUCCAGUGAUCUACUUCUGCUAGGUUCCCGCGGGUUCCGCUAAUUGCCAUCAUCAUUAUGAACCGUGCCAGAUCACCGUGUUCCAAUGGAGGAAAUAGAGGAGUCCAACAGGGUGCAGCAGCAGCCUCCGGUGCCAGCAAUUAUCACACGCACAGUCGUGACGGAGACGCCGAAUCGUUGGACGGCGAGCAAGCCUUGGCCAUCAUCCGGCGCAACCUGAAGUCGAGCGCCAUGGACUCGGAGGGCACACACUUCGACUGCAACUAUCCGCACGUGUUCGUCGUGUUUGGCGCAUCGGGAGAUUUGGCCAAGAAAAAAAUUUAUCCUACCCUUUGGUGGUUGUUCCGCGAUAAUCUGCUUCCUUCGGACACCAAGUUCAUCGGUUACGCUCGCAGCAAGCUGUCCGUAGCGGAGCUGAAGGAGAAAUGUCGUCAGUACAUGAAGGUGAAGGACGCAGAGCUGGAAAAGUUUGAUGAAUUCUGGUCGUUGAACUUUUACGUCGCUGGCAGCUACGAUUCGCGGCGCGAUUUUGAACUGCUCAAUCAGGAAAUUAGCAAGUUCGAGGUGGGACGGGCGGCUAACCGACUGUUUUACCUGGCGCUGCCACCGUCGGUGUUUGAGCCCGUGACGGUGCACAUCCGCAACACGUGCAUGGGAGAGAAGGGUUGGAAUCGUAUUAUCGUGGAGAAACCGUUCGGACGUGAUGCAAGCAGCUCGAAUGCACUCAGCACGCACCUGGCAAAAUUGUUCAGCGAGGACCAGUUGUACCGUAUCGAUCACUAUCUGGGCAAGGAAAUGGUACAGAACCUGAUGACCAUACGGUUCGGCAAUCAGAUCUUCAGUCCCACCUGGAACCGGGCGCACGUGGCCUCGGUGUUGAUCACCUUCAAAGAGCCGUUCGGAACGCAGGGUCGCGGUGGAUACUUUGACGAUUUCGGUAUCAUUCGUGACGUUAUGCAGAACCAUCUGCUGCAGAUUCUGUCGUUGGUGGCGAUGGAGAAGCCGGCCACGUGCCACCCGGACGAUAUUCGCAACGAGAAGGUAAAGGUGCUGAAGAGCAUCAAGGAGUUGUCGAUCGAUGACGUCGUGCUCGGGCAGUAUGUGGCGAAUCCACAAGGUCCGGAUGAGGAUUCGCGGGUGGGCUAUCUGGAGGAUCCCACCGUACCCAAGGGCUCGGUUACGCCGACGUACGCGCUGGCCGUGCUGAAGAUCAACAACGAGCGUUGGGACGGUGUCCCAUUCAUUCUGCGUUGCGGAAAGGCGCUCAACGAGCGCAAGGCGGAAGUGCGCAUCCAGUAUCACGACGUACCGGGAGAUAUCUUCGACGGCAAGCCGAAGCGCAACGAGCUGGUCAUUCGUGUGCAGCCCGGAGAGGCCCUGUACGUGAAGAUGAUGACCAAAUCGCCCGGCAUCACCUUCGACAUGGAGGAAACGGAGCUGGAUCUCACCUACGGGCACCGGUACAAGGAUGUGGCGCUUCCGGACGCCUACGAGCGGCUGAUACUGGACGUGUUCUGUGGCUCACAAAUGCACUUCGUCCGAUCGGACGAGCUGAGCGAGGCGUGGCGCAUCUUCACGCCAUUGCUGCAUUACAUCGAGCGGGAACGGCCCGAGCCGAUCAAGUACAUUUAUGGCUCGCGCGGCCCGAAAGAAGCGGAUCGGAAGUGCGACGAGAAUAACUUCAAGUACUACGGUUCGUACAAAUGGCACCAGAAGCACUGAACCAGAUAGGUCAAGAACAGGUUUUGCAGCAGAAUUGUUAUUUAUUUAUACGUACACACUUACACAUUGAAGCUGCUCAUCCCUUAUCACCUUCUUAUCAUUCCUUUGGUUGUUGAUAACAAUUUCGAUACUCUUUGACACGAUAAAAAGAACGCGUAAUGUUAUGCAUUUUUUGAACAAUAUAUACAUUUUUUUUAUUGAAAUAAAGAAAGCCAUGGAAGAUUCCAUUUCUAAACCAUACGACUACGGUUCCUCGCGAUUCGUCGCAGUUAUAAAUAUUGAUUAGGGAACUGUUUACUGUGCCUUGCCCGGAGGGUGGUCGUCGUUUGUUACGCUUACUUUUCUACGGAACAGCACGAAUGUUGGACGAAGUGGGUGUUGAGGGAAAAUUGGUUCACUGUUUUUUCACCCGGGGAAGGCUGGGAAAUCAGGGCCAAACAAUAAAUAAAAAUGAUGAAAUCAAAUCAAUAUAAACGAUAUUCGCUCUGUUCAGUAUCGCCAAUUUUUGAGACCGCGAACCCACGGUCAAGAAAGCCGCUCAAACCGGAUGAUGGUGGCCGGCAAGCGAAAGGCAAUUUAGUGAUGAGUGAUUUGUCUUGUCAUCAUCAUGCGCAAUUUUUCAAAGUGUGUGUGUUUGGGUGUACAUAUUCUCAUGCUCAUGGCUAUGGGCUUUGCGGGUUGGGCUCGGUGGAAAAGUCGGCAAUGGUGCCCUGACCAAAGAUAGUGGGAAAAAAUUGGAAGUAAGAAAAAAGAAAAAAAACCCACCCCGCAGGACAAAAGGGGAUAGCAGUGAUAAAUGGAAAUGAACCGGUAACGGCAGAGAAUUAUGGAUGUCAUUUUUCGGCCAUCGUCUGGGAGGCCCCCCGUUCCCCGAAUGGCGUGCGGGACAGUUUUCAGGGGAUAAAAAAUGGUCGCGAAGCAGACGCCCGCCGCCUCUACGGAGGGGGAUGGUACCUUCCAAGAAAAUAAACCGAACCGUUCAAUAGAUCAUUAGCCGGCAAAUGGUGGUCAAAAAUGCGUAUCCUGUGACCGGACCUCCCGUGGCCGUUUGUGUGCGCAAACGAUAGCAUUUGAGUGAUGGUUUUGCGCUUUUAGAGAUUUGUGAUAAACCAAAUUUGUAUGCGCAGAU